AUGAAGCGCGACGACGAUAACAUAGCCAAUAUCAACCUCGCCUUCACCCAGCUCAACCACACGCCAUCUCGUUACGGUACCUGCCCGAGAAGGAUAAUUCAAGAUGGCGACCGAGUUGACCGUCCAAACUCGAAGACCAAGACCAAGAGCACCCGACCGGGCAAGGGUGGCCGACGAUGGUACAAGGACGUCGGUCUGGGUUUCCGAACCCCCAAGACCGCCAUUGAGGGCAGCUACAUCGACAAGAAGUGCCCUUUCACCGGUCUCGUCUCUAUCCGCGGCCGUAUCCUGACCGGUACCGUCGUUUCCACCAAGAUGCACCGCACUAUCAUCAUCCGCCGAGAGUAUCUGCACUUCAUCCCCAAGUACUCCCGUUACGAGAAGCGACACAAGAACGUUGCCGCUCACGUCUCCCCUGCUUUCCGUGUUCAGGAGGGUGACCAGGUCACCGUUGGCCAGUGCCGACCCCUCAGCAAGACUGUCCGCUUCAACGUCCUGCGUGUCCUGCCCCGAACUGGCACGUCCGUUAAGAAGUUCUCCAAGUUUUAA